CAGCUCCUGUGGGAGGGAACCGUAAAGUCAAGGCAGCGUUCACCUGAAGAUGUCUGACAGCGCAGAGUCUCCGACAGAAACCCAGAAUGAAGAGCCGCAGCCGCCCGCAGAUGACUCGGCGGCAAACGAUGAAAAGAAGAAAAUCGACGUGCUGCUGAAGGCGGUCGGAGACACUCCCAUCAUGAAGACCAGGAAGUGGGCCGUGGACCGGGGCAGGACGGUCCAGUCCCUCGCCCAGUUCAUCCUACGCUUCCUCAAACUGGACGGCAACGAGCAGCUGUUCAUCUACGUUAACCAGUCGUUUGCUCCGUCUCCAGAUCAGGAAGUCGGCGUCCUCUUUGAUUGUUUCGGCAGCGAUGGGAAGCUGGUCCUACAUUACUGUAAAUCUCAGGCGUGGGGUUAAAUGUCUUCUGUCUUUCACUUUUUAUGUACAUACACUGUAAAUAAAUUAUUCUGACAUUAUUAAA